AUGGCUGGAAUAUUCCUUGCUCAAAUCCUCAAACAGGGUGCCCCGAAGCAAGUGGUGGAAAUUUGGGUGGUGGACAAAAUUUUCGACAAUAACAGGACUUGGCCUUAUAAAUUGAGUAUGGAUUCUAAUCCUGCGCCUUCAAAGAGAGUAAAAUAUGGACAUGCUGAUUUUGAAGCUACUUUACUGAAAUGGGCUGAGGAAGUCGAUUCUGGUGGAAGCGAUAUCGAAUCAGAUGGUGACUAUAUACCAUCGGAUCAUGACAUUAAGUCGGAGGUUGAAUUCGACGAAGAGGACAACGAAAAUCUAGGUGAAAUUGAAAAUCCAGAAAAUGUUCCCAGUGGCAACUACGUUUAUGGUAAGAAUCGCUAUAAAUGGUGCAAGGAUUCUCCAGUUCCCAAGAAUACACGCACGUUACAACACAACAUUGUUGUUAAAUGCCCGGGACUUAAAAGAAAUGACAUCCACAGUGCUGAUGCUGAGCAACCUGCUCAGAAGGUGUUGGAGUGUUUUGUGAUAUCGUAUGUUACGUAUUACAUCACAUUAUUAAAUUAA